AUGCUUUCUAUCACCCUCCUCGCCGUCGCCCUCACCGCACCCAUGAGCCUAGCGGCCUGGGGUGACUACUGCAACACCAACCUCAAAGCAGGCGACCCCACGUCCAACUUCAAUGGUGUCUGUGUGUGGACUUCUGAAUGCCACGGAGCCUACGGCCAGACCGGCAAACCUAUCCCGGGCGCCUGCCCUAACGAUCCGGCCGACGUCCAGUGCUGUUUCGCCCCAAGCUGUAUGUGGGUGAGGGACAACCUGUGCCCCGGUGACGACACCGUCAAGUGCGCGCCCACGGGAUGGUGCUUCAACUUUGCCACGGGCGAAUGCCCCGGUGGGCCUGGGUUCCGUACCCCGCUCGAUCCGUACAAGGAUGAGAACGGCCAAUACGUCAGGUGCUACGAACAGGCGUGA